CAAAUCAGCAUGUCAAAUUUUCAUAUCUAUUUUGAAAGUAAUUGAAAUAUGUGAUAAUAUGUUUUGUUUUAAUUUAGAAUUAAUCCAGCUAGUCACACAACCAGGCUUUAUAGAUCUCACACAAGAGCAAGGAGGGGCCGAAAGGCAGGACCAGGGCGCCACCCCCAGUGAGAUCGUAUUAAGAAAUGGUACCCCGCCUAUAACGCCGUCAUCAAGAAACAAUGACGUUGUAAUAUCUAACGCAGACGCAAUAGACCUUACUUCAGAUGAAGAUCUUCAGGGUGAUGACUACGAACCACCCGCAAAGAAAAGAAUCAUUGGUGUCGUCACCCCUAUGAGGAUACAUAUACCCUCGGUAAAUGACGAAAGACAAACGUCGGCGAGUGUACUAAGAUGGUCUGAUUCACAGCUAAAUGCUUGGGACCAGGCGUCAUGGGCAAGCGAAGAUGACGCACCAACGAGAGGCGGCCAAACCCCGUAUCCAUCACAAGAAGAACCAGUAGAACAAGACCAAGAACCUGCACACGAACACACACAUGAACAAGAACAAGACCAAGAAGAUCAAGAAGAAGAAGGAGAAGACGGCAACGUGUCAGUGGCUUCGAGCAAUAGUUCAUCUCGAGGUCACCAGCGCAGUGAGCGCAUUGAAGCAACGCUCAAUCAUACCCUUACCGAAGUGCUGGCAAUACACACGCGUAUGGAUGGAAUUGAAACCCGUUUGGAUGAUAUUAUCCGCCUUUUAAAUGAGCAGAUGACAAUGAAUGAGAGAGGGUUCGGGUGUGUACUAUCUAACGGUAAUGAAAAUCUGAGAGAGAAAAGACUGAUGGUGGAUCUUCUAUGUGCAACUCACAGAGGUGUACAAGAGAUCAGACAUUUUCACAAUUGAAUGUUUGUCUGUUUUAUUACACUAUGAUUUGUAUAUUCUUUCACCUGUUAUGAAUUUUAAAAUUUCCGUCUGAAUGUUUUUAUAUUUUGUAGCAAACCGUUUUGAUACCAUUACUGUUUUUGAACAAAAUAAAUAUUAAAAUGGCCGAUGAGAAAUGUUUUUGUGGAGACAAAAUGCAUUCCUGUCAACCAGACCAUUCUCUCACAGAGCUGUUACAGCGUGAGCUUGACUUGCAUACUGAUAACUCUGACCAAAGGUGUGAUAGAUUACGACAGAUGUUAAAUAUGUAUCCAGAAUCUGUAGAAAUGUCUUUAAAUGAUGUUUCGUUACAACGUUCUUAUAAUUUGGAUGAUUUAGAAAUGUUUGUAGCACAAUCACACACCGUUGACCUGUGUGAUCGAUUACAGAGUUUAUUAAAUGACAACUCCAUACCCAACGUACAAGAUGGUGCUGGUCUAAAUAAUGGCUCAAAAUGUAAUGAUCCUACACUCUCCACAGAUAGCGGCGGCAAUAUCCCUCCAUCAUCUAUCGGUGAUGCUACCCCUACCGGUACCGAAAAUUCUGA